GAAUCCCGUUCAUCUUACAAUAAAACGACUACAUUACCCAGCAUCCAGCGCGAAACUGGCGUUUCUCGUUCUACGUUUAAACGCUUUGACAGGAUGCCAGGUUUAGUCAACGAUUCAGAUGUGGACGACCAUGACCAAGCCAUAACUGAAGCUCUGGAGCAAUUCUGCAACUCCCCGGAGCAAACAUAUGAGCAGUUCCUUUCCACCUUCACGUAUUUGACCCCAGAGAAUGUGAGGGAUCCAGGAUUGACUGCUCCUGGAGGACAUGGAGACCCGUCCCAGAGAGAGAUGGACAGCAGCCGAGAGCGACAAAAAGACGAUGAAGAGACAGAGAUGGAGGAGAGCGUAUACCGAAGGAUGGGACAGGCGAAUCGCUGCUCACCGACUGCUGAUCAGGAAGAGGUGCUGCUGGAUGGCGGCUGUGUUGCAGGAAGACUGGGCGGCCCAUCAAACUCUGUUCCAGACAGACCUGUGAAGUUUGAUAAUUAUCUUGGAGAUUCAGAGGAUGAAGAGGAAAAGGCUGACACUACAGGCACAUGUACGCUGCCAGGUGAGAUUGAAGAAGAUCUGAUAGCUGUCUCCUCUUCAUCGCUCUGUCACCACACACUGCUGGAGAGCUCCUCUACUUUCACAGACCAGAGGACACACACUCCCAGUGCAGCUGAGAACCAGGCUGAAAGCGAGGAGGUUGUUCCUUUCCAUCUGGAUGAGAACUUUGAUUACGAUAAUGUUGUGCUGUCUUGCAAAUACUCCAUCCAGGAGCAGAGAGGCAGACCCUCUUGAGCUGUAAAUGAGUGUAACUCUGGCAAAUGCUUUUUAAAAACUCAGAUUUUUACAGAGAAAAUCCUUGUUAACAUGAAAGAAAGGUUUUGAUUUGCCAAAGAACCAGAGGGAAGACAGAUCGGCUGUUUUGAGUGAUAAUUCUGCAAUUUGUAGCAUCUGUACUUCUUAAUAAAGCAUGUUGGUGUUUUCAAACACACUAUUAAAUUGAAUAAACUCAGUCCAAUUAUAAAUUUUACUGACCAUUAGAUGAGCAGGAUAGAAAUAAGCAUGAAACGGUGUCCACAAACCAUUUUUUCUUCCUUAAAGGGACUUCAGAGAGAAGACAUGGUUGCUUUGAAGAAUCCUUUAUAGAAAGUAAAUAGUCCAUUUUAAUUUUAUUUUGACUUUAAAAGUACUUUAAUUUGCAUAAACAAACCAAAAGCUGCAUAUUUGUCUUUUAGUCCAAAUCAAAUGUCAUUUAUGAAUAUUAAUGUUGU